GGUUACUGACAGAUUGUAAUAACGUUCUUCUCUGACUCCAUGUUUCAACAAACAAAAAUUUGGGGAAAAUUAGGGCUUCCGAUUUGAAUUACAUUUCGUGUUCAAUCACUCUCGGUUAAUCAAUUUGAGCAAUCCAUGGGCUUAUCAUCUGCUGCUACGACAAUGGCGGAGGGUUUACAGCUUUGCGUAUUCGAUUUGAGGAGGGGACAGCAAGAAGGGCAAGAGCUGGACAAGAUAUUGUUCUUCUUUCCGGCUGAUUUGCCAUUUUCGACGCAGCUUUCUGUGAUUGGCCUCAGCGAAGGACUCAUCACGUUUACGAGAAUUUUCUCUCCAGAGGCUGCUUGUGAGGUAAUAGAAGCAGAGAGGCACUCCCAUGUUUUUUACGAGGCAGAGCCCGACAUUUGGAUGGUGAUGGUGGUGGAGAAAAGUAAAGAGUCAGAAGCUAUUUGGAGGGUUGAUGCAUUAAGAAAGGUUCUCAUGGAAGUCCAUUCACUUUUUACAAUGUUUAAUGGAUCUAUAAGAGCAUUGCUCGAGAAAGAGCCGGGUGGGGAGCUAGUGCGAUCUCAUUUGUACCCUUUCGUAAUGGAUUAUCUAUGUGCAUAUCAAAAGCGGUCUCCAUUGGAUGGGUGCUGCUGGGUUUUCCUCUCUGAGGCAGAUUUUCUUGCUGGGAAGAAACUUCUAUUGCCAUCAUUCCGUGACUGUUUAAAAGAGCGGGGAACUGUACAGAUGCUGACUGUGGGGCGGGAGGCUGCAAUUGAAGUUCAGUCACUUGCUAGGGUAAUUGAAUCCUGUACUGGGAACGCGCCAUGCUACUCGAUGAUUUUGUUUCAGGAUCUGCUGGUGUCCACAACACUUUCUCCUGAUGACACAAUGAACUUAUUUACAUACGCUGUUCUAAGAUUGACCCCACGUGCAUUAUCUUCUGGUGUAAGUUCAUGGUCCUAUUUAAGGAAAGGAACUGCACCUCAUGUGGCCACUGCAUCUAUGUUAUCCCAUUACCGUACUAUUUCAGAACAGUUUUAUGCCUCUCGUGAUAUCUCUUCUGCCGUAGAUAAUGGUAAUCGAGUAACACGACCCUUACGUCAUAACAAGUGGUCAAAGGGGAAGGAUGGUUUUCUUGUCACUGAUAUUUGGGGCAUGGAGGCUGGUAGUUCGGUUGCUUCAACUCCAACAGUGUUGCUUCGCCAGUCAGAGGAUAGAAUGUAUCUAUGUCCUCAUCAGCAUAAAAACCUCACCAUAGUUUUUCUUGUUCCUGUUUCUUCCAUGCCAAACGGGGAGCAAGGUGUUUCAGUGAUGAAGCAGCAAUUUCUUGAAAAUGCUGCCCUGAAAAUAUUGAAAGUUGAAGAAAAAUUAUCAAAGGGAUGGGGUGGUGAGAAUGCUUAUCACGUUAGUGGCUAUCGUUAUUUACUUGUGGAUGGUGACAGAAAUGUAUCAAGGGCUUCUCCUCCUGGAAAAGUUGCAACGCUUACAAAGGAAUCAUUUCUGGCUUUAAAUAAGCUUAGAGAAGAGGUUGAUUUGGAUAAAUCUAGAGCACAAUGGGAUAAUGCUGGUCAUGAAAAAGAACUGGAAGUGAGCAUUAGAGCAAAAAACAAUGCUUGGGUUAUUGCUAGGGUUACAAGAGGGAAGGAACUUUAUAUGGCACUAGAAAAAGCCAACGAAACUCUUCUUUAUGCCUCCAAUGCUAUUGAGAAGUUCAGCGACAAGUACUGCAAUGGAGCUUUUUCGUUGGAUUAGGAGGCAUCUUUUGGUUUUUGACGUCAAUAUGCUCGCGUUCUUGGCGAGAAUCGUUGUUAAUAUAAGCAUAAAGCUAAUCUAUGAGCGCACAAAAUGAAAGAGGAAUGAUUGGUGUACUCGCAUGUUAAGCAUUCUCCUGGAUCCUGCCUCAACGCUCCACAAUUGAAAUGGUACUCUUUCACAGCAGUAAUAGGUUCAGCUGUGACAUCGUUCACAAGGAAAUAUAGAAAUAGUUUUGUUAUAUAUUUGUAUCAAUACUCGUAGAUUUGCAAGGCUUUUUUAAAAAUAAAUAAUAAAUCGUAGAUUGUCAGCU